AUGGAUAGAAGAAAUGGCACAGAUGUGACCUAUUUCAUCCUGAUUGGGCUCUCAGAGUAUCCCCGAGCCCAACUCAUCUUCUUCUGCAUACUCCUGGUGGCCUAUAUUGUCACCCUGCUCGGGAAUAGCCUCAUUCUUCUCCUGAUCCACUAUGACCCUCAGCUCCACACCCCCAUGUAUUUCUUCCUCAGCAAUUUGUCUUUCCUGGACAUCUGCUAUACUUCAUCUACCGUGCCUCAGAUGCUCAUCAACUGUUUAGUCAGGACUCCCAUCAUCUCCCUGACUGAAUGCCUCGCACAGAUGUGUGUCCUUCUCUACUUGGGUGUUGUAGAAUGCCUCUUUCUGGCCAUCAUGGCCUAUGACCGUUUUGUAGCCAUCAGCAACCCCCUGCACUAUGCGGUGAAAAUGGGGCCCCAGCUGUGUUUACAGCUGGCAGUGGUGCCCUGGUUUGUAUCAUUUAUCAUCGCUGUGGUCCCAAUCCUGACCAUGCCACUGGAUUUCUGUGGCCACUACAUUAUCAACCACUUCUCCUGUGAGCUCUUGGCAAUCAUCAAGCUUGCAUGCAAUGAUUUGAAGUUCUUUGAAUUGUUAAUUAUGGCCACCUGUUCCCUAACUCUCCUGCUACCCUUUACAUUUAUCCUAGUAUCCUACGGGCACAUCUUGGUAGCUGUGUUGAAGAUGCGCUCAGCUGAUGGACGAAAGAAAGCCUUCUCCACCUGCAGCUCCCACCUCACGGUGGUAGUUAUCUUUUAUGGCACUGCCAUCUCCAUGUACAUGAUGCCGCAGGACAAAGUCAGCCGAGACAAAGACAAGAUUAUCUCUAUGAUGUAUUGCAUUGUGACACCCAUGCUCAAUCCCAUUAUCUAUAGUCUUAGGAACAAAGAUGUGAAAGGGGCUCUGAGGAAACUAAUAGGCAAAAAGAGUGACUCCUAA